AUGAACAACUUCAUGUCUAAAUCAGCGGCCAUCAAAAGUCGCGGGAUUAACCGAGAGCCAUGCUUCGGGCCCCUAACCGUCAGCGAACUGGAGGCUGGUGAGCAACUGAUCGUCAAGCAUCUACAGCGCAUCAGUUAUCCAAAGGAGCUCGCUCACUUAGAGGAACAAGGAACCCCUACAAAGCAGGGCCCCCUUCAACAUCUCAGUCCAAUAAUCGAAGAUGGACUCAUCCGCAUCGUGGGCAGGCUUAGCCUGUCCGACUUACCUCAGCAUCAACGGCGUCCAGCAAUAAUACCUCAAGAGCAUUUCUUCGGAAAAAUUAUACUAGAGCACAUUCAUCGACGAAAUCUCCACGCUGGCUUGGAGACAAUCAUUUCGGACUUCCAGCAACGCUAUUGGAUGCGGAACCUCCGAAAACUGGCCAAAACUGUCGUCAAUCGAUGUAUCUUGUGCGCACGAGCUAGGCCGCGCAAGCUUCAACAACAAAUGGGCCAGCUGCCAAGACCUAGGGUGAAUCCAUCCCCAGCAUUCACCCACACCGGAGUAGAUCUAUGCGGUCCGUUUCAGAUUCUGCCAAGCCCACGGGCCAAAACGAGGAUGACAGUGUACGUGUGCAUCUUCGUCUGUUUUUCAACAAAGGCAGUUCAUCUUGAAGUGGUGGAAGAUCAGUCCACAGGUGCAUUCAUUGCUGCUCUGAUGAGGUUUACUUCACUGCGUGGGAAGCCAGAAGUAAUCUAUUCAGACAAUGGACGGAACUUUGUUGGAGCAGGUAGGGAACUUGCAGAACUACGGAAAAUCUAUAACAAUGAGAUCUUUCAAGACGAAUUGGUCGGAAUAGCAGCCAACAAGGGGAUAAAUUUCUCCUUCAUACCGCCCCGAAGCCCAAACUUUGGAGGGCUUUGGGAAGCUAACAUCAAAGUUGCAAAACGGUUGUUCACGGCAGCAUCCCGCGGGGCAUGCUUCAACAUUUUGGAACUGCAGACUGUACUCUACCAGGUGGCGGCAAUUAUGAACUCUCGCCCCCUCACAGUGGUCUGGACGGAUGCUAGCAUCCCAGAACCACUGACUCCAGGCCACUUCCUCAUCGGAAGAUCAAUGACUGCUCUGCCAAUCCCAGGCAAAUUUAUCGAAAACGGGAGCAUAUCGGUACGCUGGAAGCGUAUUCAACAUCAAACUCUGCAAUUUUGGCGGAGGUGGCAGGAUGAAUACCUGCAACAUCUGCGCUGCAUGGCCAAAUGGACCAAGAAGCAGCCCAACCUAGCAGUUGGGCAAGUUGUCCUCAUUGGAGAUGACCACAAUCCUGUAGCAAAAUGGCCUAUGGGUAUCGUAACCAGUACGCAUCCAGGUGCUGACGGCGUCGUGCGAGUUGCCACAGUUCGCGUCGGACCUAAUCCUUACAAACGCAACGUUCGACUGUUAGCCCCGUUGCCCAUCGACUUACCAGCAGUUGACAAUAACGCAGAACUAUCUCCAAUCAACAAAGUAGCUGAACAUGAAGAGGACCCCCCACCUCGAGCAAUUUGGGACGAUCGCUUGCGUCCUCGUCCCAAAGGGGGGAGAAAAUGGAUGUGA